UAUCUAGCAGUAAUUAAUGUAAGAAAUCCUUCAAAAAUGAUCACAAUAUUUACUGUACAGGUGUCACCGGUUAAACGACUCCUAUCCAGCAUAAACCCUUAAUGGUGAUUAUGUUAAUGAGGAGGAUGUACUGACACGUGACGUGACGUAAAUUUCAAAGUUAUUCACUGGUUAUAAAAUGUGAAAAAUGUAGUUAGUUCGAGUUCACACUAUCUCCAGUAGGCUAUAAAAAAGACCUCAUGAGGGGGCGAAAGGACCGUUUUUAACUGGGUUUAAUACCCACAUCCUGGAGUGUGGACAGGAUCUGCGCCCGUCUCGUGGAGAGGUGCGAUUCCGUCAGAUAUGGACAACAUGUAGAAGUUCACACUCAACCCCUGGAAUAUAAAACCUUUAGAAAGAUUACAAAAAAGGGCUGGGAACAUGGGGAAUAACUCUGGGAAGGAGCGGCAUGGAUCUUCAGUUAUCACUGUUGAUCUGUCUGAAGCAUCUCCCACUUCACCACAUACCCUCACUCCUACCACAUGGUCACCAACUACACAGCUAGCGCCCAUUAUCAACAGCCCUACCAGGACUGGAACAAACAUCACCAACUGUGAGUCAGCUCAAGACGUUCUCAGUCCACCACUGAUCUCAACCAAUCACAUUGAGCAGCUAGAGGACUGCAAAACAGGGCUCACUAAUCAUAUCCCAGAGGAGGUACUUACAUUGACACAGGUAUCUGGGCACAUAGCUCAGAUCUCAGAUAUAUGUGUGAAGGGAAAUACAAUAGUGGGCGCCACUGAAGUGGAUGCAAAAUUGCUACAGAAGUGUUUCAGCACACUGGGACUCUACAAUGAAGAGUCUAAAUACUCAUUGACUGAUCUGUUACAGUGUUUUCUGGUGGAGAGGGAGAAGAUGAAGGAGGAAUUGAGAUGCUGUAAAGAAAAGAUUCAGGCCGAACGUGAGGAGUGGAAGCAAUUUCAGGAUGACCUGAAGGUGGCACUAGUUGUUUCAGACAGACUGAGAGAAGAGGCAGAGGAAGAGCUGAGUGUUCUAAACUCGGCUCGUCAGGACUGGGAUAGGCAGCUAACUGAUGCCCUCGAGGGCAAACAAAACCUUGAAAGUCAACUGAAGAGUCUCAAGAUUGAACUUGAGCAGAGCAGACAAAAAACAAAACUUGUCACAAGAAACCACCAGGGGGCACCACCUCUAAGGGCCCUAGAGACGAGCGCCGAUAAGGGAAACCUGGACAGAUAUGGCAAGGGAAUUGAAUCAGCCGAGAAAAGAAAAGAGGAGCAACUGUGGACAGAUGAGAUGAAACGAAAAAGAGAAAUGAACGUCUCUAGUAGUACAGAAAGGUCAAGACUGCCCUCAGAUUAUCCUGCUGUUGUUGUGAAUGGUACCUCUCAUCGCUCUGUCACUGGAACAACAGAUUCAGAUAUUAAAGAAGAGAAUUUAAUCCUGCAGACAGCUACAUCUUCAGUUCUAGAUGGGCCAAACAGGGUCAACAGAAGAACACAAGAAGAUUUCUCUCCAGCACUCAGGUUUUUGAGGCUUCAUGGUGGUUCUAAGCGUAACUCACUGCUUCGCUGGUGCCAAGGUAGAACUCAAGGAUACAAGAAUAUUGAGAUCACUAAUUUUAGCAGCAGCUGGGUGGACGGUUUGGCGUUCUGUGCAAUUUACCACAGUUACCUUCCCUCUCAUAUACCAUACAACACGCUCAGUCCAGAGAACAAGAAAGAAAACCUUGAUUUAGCGUUCCGAACGGGAGAAGGUUUUGGAAUCUCUGCAUCACUGGCAGUAGAUGAGAUGUUGAAAGAUGAUGCACCUGACUGGCACAGAGUUUUGGAAUAUGUGGAGAGUAUCUAUCGACAUUUUGAGAUGUGACACUAUGAUAACACUUUAUCAUAAAUGUAACCAUCACAGACCCUCAAAAUUCCACCACAGGAAGCAUACAAACAUGGAUUUGAGUGGAGCACAUCACCCGCCUAUAUUUCAUUCAACACUAACAUCUUAGUGUGGGGGAAGAGAAUUCCCUAUGUUCAUCUUUGUUAAAUGGUCUGGGAUCAGAUUAUUUUAAUAGCAAAUAGGUUUGGGCUGCUGAGAGCAGAGUGUCUAGUGACCUUGGCCACAUUUGUGACAGUUUUUGUUUGUUAUGGCUACUCUCUGCCCUCUGUUUGUUUGUAUGUUGAAUUGCAGGGUUUUUGUUUCACCCAAGGACUCAGCACACCCCUGCUGGUAUAUUCCACAACUACGCCUAUUUUCAGGCAAAAAGCAUCUUUCUUCAUCAACACUUAUUACAAAAUAGACAUGUUUUUCGAUGCAGUUAUUUUCUCGCAGGCAACAUGUAAAUUGCAAAUAUGUCGUUUACAAUAUUUUAUAUAUUAUAAUAUAAUAAUAGAGGUUUGCAAGCCUCUUAAAGGUGUUAAAUUGACCAUUUAGGGUUUGUGGACUGCGCAUUUGCUUAUAUUGGCAUCAAUCAGUCAGCAUUGCCUUAGUAAUUUUCCUUCACCUUCAAGCAGAUGUCACGUAACAUUUACGAAUUGCCUUAUAGUCACUGAUACUGAGGCCCAUUAACAAAGAUGACAGCAAGCGAGAUGCAUAUUACUGGGAGAUGAAUUGAGAUACUGGAAAUGUUAUCCGAUAGCUUUCUCCAGGUUUUUUUGGGGGGUCUCCUGGUGCACAGAUAGUUGGAAGCUAUGAUCAGAUCUGGUCUACAGUACAAGUCUCCAUCAGAAAAAUCUACUCCUGGAUUUGUAUCAUGCUUCAUGUCUCUGUGAUCACUGUGAAUAGAAACAAUCACUUUUGAAUAAGAAACACAAAGCUGAUUAUUUAGCAGCUGUAAUAUCAGUCUGUUUUAUUUUCAUUCAGCCCACAAGUUAUCACUAGAUACUUAAACCCCAAAAGAGUUUCACUUUUAUUAUUCAGGGGAAAAAGGGUCCCAAGGAUUAACCAGUAUUGAUAGAUAAAUAUUCUCGUUUAUACUCAUUUGUUUUUAUGUUGUACUUAUGACUUUUUCAGACAUGUACAUGUAAUAUUUAUUGAUCUGCUACUAGAAUAUAACUUCAAUGAGCCACUCUUUACUGUAUGUUCAAAACUUUGGUUGGUAGCCAUAUUUCUUUGAUGUGUUUUAAAAUAUAUUUUAUGCCAUGAAUUCCCAUAAAACUCAGUGGCUUUACGACUGUAAAUAAAAAAAUAUUCUGUGACAGAAAUGGUUGCUGUCUUGUUUUAUUCUCAUAUUGGUUUUCUCAUAUUAAAUGUGUUUUAUUAGUAAAACAAAACAAAAACAGUGGCGGACAAAACCAUUUACAUAAAUGGCUUUGUCCGCCACUGUGUAACGUUAACGUAACUUAAAUGUAACUUAAAUGGUUUUGGCCGCCACUGGGUUUUUUUCAGUUUUACAAAAAAAAUUUAAUUCACAAUCAUGGUGUACACCUAUCCUGAAGUGGCUUCUCCCUGUUUUUAAGUUAUCGAAUAAAAAUCAGCUGUAUAUGGCAUGUCUUUCAUAUGACAGACACGUCAAUGUGAAGUUGUGCUGGCAAGAUAAAAACAACCUCGCCGUGCUUCUUUAUUAGUCAACUUUUCUUUGAUGUUUGAGGGUGUCUUAUUUGGAUUUUAUAAUUCUGACAAAAAUCUAAAAGACAAGUAUUUUCUAAUAAAUCUAUUUAUUUUUCUAGCCAAGUUUUUUGUACACAAGUGUAAGUUUUUGUCUGUCAAACCUCUUUUAUAAUUUUUUGCAAAGAUCUUAAUUGUUAUUUGGGUACUAUCUCUUCUUCUAACAAUGCCAAAGCAUUAAAGUCUGUUACAAUGUGCACAAAGUAUAAUAUUUCAGCUUUUUUAUAAUAAAAACCAAAAGGGUCUCAAGGAUAUUCUCUCUCUCUUGAAAUUAUUUUAAGUUUUUGUUAC